CCCAGCAGCAGGAGCAGCAGCUAGCCUAUCCAACAGUGAAAAGCACGCGCGCUCCGCCCGGCCCUCCCUCCUCUCCUGCGGUGCGUGCGUGCGGUGCCGCCGAGCGAUCCAUCCAUCUGACGGGAGGGUGCGUGAGAUGCCUGCCUGCCUGCCUGCCUCCCUCCCUCCCUGUAGCUCUGGCCUCUUCCUCUAGCUCCAGCCUCCAGCCAGCCGUGCGGGUUUCUGCUGCAGCGGAAGAAGAGCGAGCAGUGCGUGCGUGUCCUCCUGCUCCCACACGAACUCCAUCGUCCUCACCUCAGCUCAUCUCCCGCGCGCCGCGGCCACCCACACGCACGGGCACGAGCACGAUGCCGUGCUCGUCGGCGGCCCCGACGUGGCUGCUGCGGGUGGCGUCGGCGGCCGACCAGGCCUCGUCCUCGUCCUCGUCCAAGGGCGGCGGCCGCGUGCUCACCGCCGGCACCACUGGCACCACCAUGGACACGGCCGCCACCGCUGCCGCCGCCGGCUGUGGCGGCAACGGCGGCGGGGGAGGCGGCAGUAAUGCCGCCGACCUCCAGGAGAGCAGCAGCAGCGGGCAGUCCCGGCUCGCGGCGCGCGGCCACUGGCGCCCCGCCGAGGACGCCAAGCUCCGCGAGCUCGUCGCGCUCUACGGUCCCCAGAACUGGAACCUCAUCGCCGAGAAGCUCGACGGCAGAUCCGGGAAGAGCUGCCGCCUCCGGUGGUUCAACCAGCUGGACCCGCGGAUCAGCAAGCGGCCCUUCAGCGACGAGGAAGAAGAGCGGCUGAUGGCGGCGCACCGCUUCUACGGCAACAAGUGGGCGAUGAUCGCGCGCCUGUUCCCGGGGCGCACGGACAACGCCGUCAAGAACCACUGGCACGUCAUCAUGGCGCGCAAGUACCGCGAGCAGUCCACGGCGUACCGCCGCCGCAAGCUCAACCAGGCAGUCCAGCGGAAGCUCGAGGCCUCCGCCGCGGCGGUCGCAACAAUGCCGCCGGCCGCGGGCAGCACGGGAGACGUCGUCGGCGCCGCCCUCGGCCACCACCACCACCAACUCCUGGCGGCCGCCGCCGCCGCCGCCCACGACGCGGCCUACGGCUUCGCCGCGGCGGACCCCUACGGCGCCUUCGGCUUCCGCCAAUACUACCCGUUCCCGCCAGCUUCGGCCGAGGACACGCCGCCGCCGCCGCCGCCUCCCUUCUGCUUGUUCCCUGGGCCCAGCAGCGCGGCGGCGCUUCACGCCGACAGCAGGCGCCUUCCCUGGCCGUCGUCGUCGUCGUCGGAUGCUGCCGCUGCCGCCGCCGGUGGCGGCAGGUACGGGGAGCCGCAGCAGCAGCUCCUGCUGCCCGUUGUUCACGGUGGCAGCUGGAUCGACGGCGUCGGCGUGGCCGUGGCCGGCGGUCACCACGAGGCGCAGUUCGUCUUGGGCAACAACGGGGGAGCCUUUGAAGGGACCACAAGACAGCAGGGCGCCGCCGCCGGCGCUCACUUUGAAGCUGCCGCGGCGGCGCCGCCGCCAGCGUUCAUAGAUUUCCUCGGUGUCGGAGCCACAUGAAUGUGCAUGCAUGCUCCACUUCAACGACACAUGCGCCUUGCAGUUGCAGGUGGAUCUAAGCUAGGACAAGUAGCUCGGGCUCGAUCUAGCAGCUAGCGCACCACUACUAGCUAGCUACCUUUGCCAUAUGAGUACAUCCAAGGCUUAGCUUAUGUAGUAGUAGCACGCCUCUAUCUCUAUGUAUGUAUGUAUGUAUGUAUAUCUACCUAGGAGCUGGUGACGGAGAUUGAGCUUAUUUCUAUCGGGGCUUUGUAGAUGAGGGACUAUAGGGAGGGAUGCUUGGACUUUGAUCAUUUGGGAUCGGAUUUAGUUACUUGAUGAUUAGCCCCCAGCCAUAUAUGUAUGUAUGUAUGUAUGUAUGCAGGCAAGAAAGAUCGAUGAUGGUGUGAAUUGGAGAGCUAAAUUUGCAGUGGUGGAUUC